AUGUUUAUCACCAAAGCUAAUUUAUUAUUCAAACGUAGCCAGUCUACAUACAUGAAAAAUGUUUCUAAACUAUACCCAACUGAAUUUUUAAAUAAUACUGUUAGUGCAUCUAAUAGUACUACAUCCCCAUUAUUGGCUAAAGCUACUGAAUUGGCUGAGCAGGCAAUUAAUCCUAUAAUUACCAACCCUGCUUCUCCUCAACAGACCUUUCGAUUCCAUACCAACGUGGAAUUUGCACCAUCUUACUAUGACGAUUUUACGAAAUUAGAUCCUUAUUGGGAUUAUUUGCCCGGCUUACCAAAUAUCCAUAAUUCUGACAAUAUAUUACCAUUUAUCGAUUAUGACUAUACUCAUCAACCAUUGCCUAAGAAUACAGAAUAUGAUGGCUUACGUGUGCAGAUUCCUGAAGGAACAGCUGUAGACUUGAAGAGUUUGGCUUCUCCAUCCAAUUACAGUCGGAACAAUGCCAAGGAGUUGAGAGCUAGGGAUAUUGCAAAACGUACAGGCUUCAACAAAGACUUUAUCAACAAAAAGCUAUUUAUGAAGCCCUUGAUAAUGAAGAUGGUUAGUAACCAAACAGCAAAAGGUAAAAUUCCAAGUUUUUAUAGCUUAGUUAUUGUUGGGGACAAAAACGGACUAGUUGGAAUUGGUGAAGGAAAGAGUAGAGAUGAAAUGAGUAAAGCCAUCAACAAGGCCCAUUGGGAUGCCAUUCGUAAUUUAACCAAGAUCCCGCUUUACGAAAACAGAACCAUAUACGGUGAUAUUGAUUAUAGAUAUCAUGGUGUCAAAUUGCAUUUAAGAAGUUGCAAACCAGGUUUCGGGCUAAGAGUGAAUCAUGUUAUAUACGAAAUCGCCGAAAUUUGCGGUAUCAAGGAUUUGAGUGGGAAAAUUUAUAAAAGUAGAAAUGUUAUGAAUGUUGCUAAAGGUACUGUCGAAGCUUUGGUAAAUGCACAAAAAACUUUGGAUGAAAUUGCUUUAGGCAGAGGUAAGAAGAUUGUUGAUGUUAGAAAGAUUUAUUAUUCCGAGUCAACCGUAUAA